AUGCCUUCCCUGCACCACGGAGCUAUCCUCAUCGGAGCCUUCCUCAUUGUGACCGGGGGAUCCACAGCCUUCCUGGCCUCGUCCCAGAGCCGCCUGCAGGCUUUCUCCCUCUGCUGCGUGGUGCUGGGGGUGGUCAUGCUCAUCCUGGGGCUCUUCUGGGCAGUGAACAGUGCCGUGAACUACAACCACCCGGACUUCGACCCAGAGUGCCCACAUUAUCCAUAUGACAACCCCAACUUUGGCAGCCAUCCCCUCUUCACACCCCCAGGGAGCCGCUUCCCAGAGUCCCAGUCAGUGUUUCUGCCCAGAACGAUGGAACGCCAAAGGCAUGGAACUCGUGGCGAGGAGUUCGACUACCCUCCGAUGGACUCUGGUGGUUUCAGUCCAACGCCUCACCCUCCUUCUUGGCUGGGACCCCCGCCUCCCUAUGAGGUUGCCAUCAAGACCACGUGCAGCUCCACACACCUGCGGCGUGCGUACUCAGACACGCACUUGGCGACAGAGCUGCUGUCUGGACGCUCAAGAGAGAUCAGCUUUGAGGUGUGA